AUGAGCUUCGAGGACUAUCGCAGAAGCCGAUACCGUCCGGUUGCGAGGAGGCGCUUCCUAUUGCGCAUCGUCCUCGCAUGCUGCCUCAUCUUUGCGAUAUGGCAUCCCGCUAUACCAUUCAGGACGAAGCCUCUCUCAGCUUUUGCGCCGAAUCUCGUAGACAAGCUUCGACAAACAUUCGAUUACAAGCACAACGUCACUGACUGGCAAAUGGUGCAUAGGUUUGUCCAAGAACACAGAAAUUUAUGGAAAGGUCUAGAGCACGUCUAUGAUGACCCUACUAGCACACUUCCCCUGCCUGAAGGAUCUCCAGACGCCUCACUGGCCUCGAAUAUCAGCCAACACAAGAAGGGUCCCUCGCCAUUACCUAACCCACCCUUGCCACCACCCGAUGAGGAUGAACACAUUGCGCUUUGCCUCACAGGUAAGCUCUUCAUCGCCCCGCAUACCAUCCACCACCGAAACCUCAUCCCUCUCAUAGUAAAGAACCAAACCCGCGACCUCGAAGAGUUCCUCCGUCACCACUACCACCACCAUGGCAUCCGUCGCUUCUAUAUCCACGACGACGGCACCAUGCCAUCCCUCUCCGACACCAACUACAGCGUCCCCUCCACGUCUCUGACGUUCAUCUCCCACCCCACAGUCGAACACAACCCCGACUUCGAAGACCGCGCAGGCAUCCAGGAAGAAUACUACACCGACUGCGCCACACGCUUUCGCGAUCAACACUUUUGGAUGGGCUUCCUGGACGUGGACGAAUUGCUCGAAAUGACCGGCAACGAGACCCUCCUCACCUUCCUCCAAUCCUGGGAACAGAACAGCACAGUAGGAGCCGUGGGCGUGAACUGGUUGCUCCACACCUCCUCUGGGCUCCUCUCCACCCCCUCUCCACCAACGGACAGCAGAAAAGUAUACACGAAAUGCAUCCCCGACCACGCUGCCCCUCCAUACAACGACAACGAGGCCAUCAAGACGUUCGUCCGCCUUGACAAGUUCGAAUCAUUCCAUAAUGUGCAUUGCGUCGGUGAGAUGAGAGACGGGGCGAUGGAGGUCGGGGAGCACGGGGAUGAGAUCAAGCCGCCGUGUUCGAGGACGCCGAGUACGAGGGAGAGGUGGGCAUUGCAUCAUUUCGCGACGAAGAGCCGGGAGGAGUUUGAGGAGAAGAAAGUGAGGGGGCAUAUUCAGGGGGGUGGGGCGAGUGAGGAGUGGUGGGAGGAAGUGGAGGGGGAGAGGCAGUGGGACUGUUUGAAUUUGGCGGAGUACGUGCCUUGA